CUGGGGAGAUGGGCAGGAGAAUCCCCUGGGGUUUGGAGCCCUGGAAGCCACUGCCUUACAACUGCUGAUUCUACACCUCGACUUCCUCCCCUGUAAAAUGAGGAUCAUGGCAGAAUCUUCCUUGCAGGGUAUGGUGGGGAUUAAAUUAUGUGUUCUUUAUGAACAUUUACCAGGCUAGAUCCUAGUACCAAGUUGGCAGCUGAAAAAUCUCAUCUUUUUUUUUUUUUUUUGAUUGUGCUGUGGGUCUUCAUUACUGCAUGGACUUUUCUCUAGUGGUGUAGAGUAGGGGCUGCUCUUGAGCCGAGGUGCAUGGGCUUCUCACUGUGGUGGCUUGGGCUGUACAACGCAGGGGCUCCAGCAGCUGUGGCUCCCGGGCUGUAGAGCACAGACUCGAUAGCUGUGGUCCACUGGGCUCAGUUGCUCCAUGGCAUGUGGGGUCUUCCCAGAUCGGGGAUCGAAACCCAUGUCUCCUGCAUUGACAGGCUGAUUCUUUACCACUGAGCCACUAGGGAAGCCCAGAAAAUCUAAUUUUUGAAUCUCCCUUUCAGAUGCUGGCUUGAGCCCAGGGUCCAGGCAUGGAAUUCCUGACAGCCUCCCAACCCCCUCCAGGACCUCCAGCCAUGGACUUGGAAGAGCCCAGGGACACACUUUUGCCCCCUCAGGACCCCACCCGUGAUUGCCAGUGGGACCCCACACCAGGAGGCUCUGGCAGCCUGAGUCAGAUGGAACUUGAUGGGCUAAAUAUUCAGGAUCUGGUGCAACAGUUUGAAGCUCUGCCAGGUGACCUGGUGGGCCUGUCCCCAGAUGGAUCCCCAUGCCCCCUGCACAUUGCCACCGGCCAUGGCCUGGCCCCGCAGGACAUGGUUGAUGCCCAUGGGCUCUUGUCUGCUGAGGCUGAUCGGGAAGACUUGCUGAGUCUCUUGCAACAAGAUGAGGGCCCUCCUUCCUUGCCGGGUCCCCAGGAACUUCCUCCGGACCCUGCUCCUCGCCUGUUGCAGCCCCCUGAGGACCCAGAAGAGGACACUGGCCCCCAGGAGUGGACGGAGGGAGCCUCUGCUGAGCAGGAUGAGGACAGGAGCUCCAACAGCUCCCCGGAACCCUGGCUGGAGACCUCACCUCUGGUCACUCCUGAGGAGCCACCUACCAGUGUCCAGAGACCCAAGACCCUGGCUUCCUACCCUGCCCUCCAGGAGGUAUCUGGCCCCUGCGACCACGAAGACCUCCUAGACGGUGUCAUAUUUGGGGCCAAGUACCUGGGCUCCACCCAGCUGGUGUCUGAACGGAACCCACCCCCCAGCACACGCAUGGCGCAGGCCCAGGAGGCUAUGGACCGUGUCAAGGCCCCCGAUGGGGAGACUCAGCCCAUGACGGAGGUGGACCUAUUUGUCUCCACCAAGAGGGUCAAAGUCCUGCUGACCGACUCCCAGGAGGCCAUGAUGGACCACGCCCUGCAGACCAUCUCAUACAUUGCUGACAUCGGCAGCACGCUGGUUCUCAUGGCCCGGCGGCGCCUGGCCCACAGGCCGGCAGCCCAGCCUCACAGCCACCGCCUCUACAAGAUGAUCUGCCAUGUUUUCCACUCAGAGGACGCCCAGCUCAUCGCUCAGGCCAUCGGCCAGGCCUUUGCCGUGGCCUACAGUCAGUUCCUGCGGGAAAGCGGGAUCGACCCCAGCCAGGUGGGCACCCAGCAGAGCCAGGGGGCCAUGGGCCCCGGCCACCUCCACAACGGGGACCUCGACCACUUCUCCAACAGCGAAAACUGCAGGGAGGUGUUCAUUGAGAAACGCCGGGGCGAGGGUCUAGGUGUGGCCCUGGUGGAGUCGGGCUGGGGCUCCUUGCUGCCCACUGCUGUCAUUGCCAACCUGCUGCACGGGGGCCCCGCUGAGCGCUCAGGUGCCCUCAGCAUCGGCGACCGCAUCACCGCCAUCAACGGGACCAGCCUGGUGGGGCUGCCCCUGGCCGCCUGUCAAGCUGCCGUCCGGGAAGUGAAGUCGCAGACGCUGGUGACCCUCAGCAUCGUCCACUGCCCUCCGGUCACCACGGCCAUCAUCCGCCGGCCGCAUGUCCGUGAGCAGCUGGGCUUUUGCGUGGAGGAUGGCAUCAUCUGCAGCCUCCUUCGGGGUGGCAUUGCUGAACGUGGGGGUGUCCGCGUGGGACACCGCAUCAUUGAGAUCAAUGGGCACAGUGUGGUGGCCACACCCCACGCUCGAAUCAUCGAGCUGCUCACUGAGGCCCACAUUGAGGUCCACAUCAAGACGAUGCCCGCCGCCACCUACCGCCUGCUCACAGGCCAGGAGCAGCCGGUGUACCUGUGAUCGACCACCUUCACCCCCACCAUUGUGCCUUAGCCCCUGCCGGCCCUGGAACUCCGUCCGCGGAACCUCCUCGGCUGGCCAAGGUCCCAAAAGUUUCUUGGUUCUAUAUUAUUUUCUGAUGUAAAAAAUUAAAAGCUUAUUGAAUGGGCAAAA